UAUCCAACUUAAUUGUUCUUAAACUAUUCAGUUAUUUUUAUUCAAUUUAAUUAGUAUUAUUUAAUUUAUUUAUUCUUAUUCGAUUCAAUUAUGUUUAUCCAAUUGAAUUAUUCUCAUUGAAUUUAAUCGUCGUUAUUCGACAGGGGUUGCUCGUUCGUUAGCGCCAAACGUAAUUUCACUUGUCAUUAUCUCUCGUCUCUGUUAUCCGAGCGAAGUUUUGGUUUCUGUAAGCUAGUCUGCAAAUAUUUAUACCAGUAUGAACGUCUGCAGUACGGCUAUUAUCGCGGUGGAUUCAAGUGGCACCGCGUAAUCUCGCGGACAGAGAAAUUCGUUAAUUCGCGGAAGAUAAGCGGACGGAACCAAAAUGGCGUGCGCGUCGCAGUGUGCCAAGUAUUUCCUGUGUUUCUUUAAUUUCGUUUUCUUCGUGGCCGGAGGAGCUGCGUUGGCCGUUGGAAUCUGGCUGUUUGCCGACAGCAAUUCUUUCGCGGAACUCAUAGGCAAGCUCGACCAGUCGGCGGAUAUUUUGAGCAAAACGGAUGCAGACGUGGUCAGAGUGAUAUCGUAUAUUCUGAUCGUGGUCGGUGCACUGACUUUUCUAAUUAGCUUCCUGGGCUACUGCGGAGCGAUGUUCGAGUCGCGAUGUCUUCUCUGCGUGUACGGUAUCCUCAUUCUGCUGGUUCUGGUCCUCGAAUGCGUCAUAGUGGGCCUAGCUUUUGGACUGAAGGGGGACGCAGAGAAGAGCACGCAAGACUUCCUCAAGUCCACGAUCAAGUAUUAUGCCAGCAACAUUGACAAAACAGAAACAAUUACAGUUGCUUGGGAUGGCCUAAUGAGUCAGCUACAUUGUUGCGGAGUAGAGAAUUACCUGGAUUUCCGAGAGAGUAAAAACUGGACGUCCACGGACAAAGUUGUUCCUGAAGCGUGUUGUAUAAAGGAGAAUAAUGUUCUGAAGGAUCCUUCCUGCCCUAUCAGCCCCACUUCCAGUAAUUCUUAUUACAAAGAGGGCUGCUACGAUGCAAUAAUGAAGACAAUUACAGACAACGCAGCGAUAGUAAUCGGUGUGGCAGCAGGUCUGGCGUUUGUUGAAAUCCUGGUGAUUAUUUUAGCCGUGCACCUGGCUUGCUGUUAUUGGCGGCCACAACAUGCUUGCAUCGACGUGUCGUCGUCGAGACAGGCCUGGUGAACAGCGACGAAGAUGGUGUUUGCUUUUUCAAUUUUAACUUGUUGGUGCUGCUGUUGACCAGAUAUACUAACAACGAACUCUUCACACCGUCUUGGCAUCUUUCUUCAUAGAAGUGAAUCAUUGGUUUACGCUUGCUUGAAACUAGCCCAGGAUGUAUAUUCAUCAUUUACUAUUCGUACUCUAAUUUACUGUCGUUAUAACUACUUUUAAAGAAAUGUUAAUGUAGUCGAGAAUUUCUUGUUUAAUUUUAUUUCUAUUAUAGAGAAAUAAUUCAGACGUCUUUGUUAUUAUUUAAUAUUUUCUUUUUUACUUUUUUCAAAGUAAUAACCAAGAUGUUUGACAAAGAUUAAAAAA